CAUCAAGUAUUUUAUGAGAAAGAGGAAGUAAAACGUUAAGUUUGGAAGUGUUUUGUUCUCAUCAUUGAAAGAAAAUAUGUGAUAAUGAUGUCAAAAAAGUAGACUUAACGCGGAAAAUUGUGCUGUUGUGCGUAUAAAUAAUUGCAGAUUGUAAUGCUUAUAGAUUAACUUGUCUGCUUAGGCAACGUUUAAGUGAUCAAGUGUAUAGAGGAAUGCAAGUGGUUUUCAGUAAUAGCCUAGCGCUUCAUUGUUCCUUCAAUGAUAUUGGAUCUGUAACGUUAGGCGAGAAAUUGGCAUUUAUAGGCAACAUUUAAUUUUUUCCAUUAACAUUAUCGUUAAUAUGUAUUCAGUUAGUAAUAUUUAGCUUUCAAGUGAAGGACUUGUGGUAGCUAACGGCAGUGUAGCUCGUUGUUCUUCUCGCCCUUUUUUACGGUACAAAUAGCUAGCGAUGACGGUUGCGGUGUUUUUCGGGUGUGCAUUUAUUGCAUUUGGGCCAGCAUUCUCUCUUUUUAUAUUCACAAUUGCUAAGGACCCCCUUCGAGUAAUCAUCCUUAUUGCUGGGGCAUUCUUUUGGCUUCUUUCCCUUCUCCUAUCCUCUUUGGUAUGGUUCAUUGCUGUAAAGGCCAGCAAUUCAGAUGAUCCAAGUCUACAAAGAGGCCUGCUGAUAUUUGGGGGCAUAUUCUCUGUAUUGCUGCAGGAGGUAUUCCGCUACGCCUAUUACAGGAUACUGAGGAAAGCGAAUGAAGGCCUGGCUGCAAUCAGUGAAGAUGAAAGCUCCACAAUAUCGGUCCGGCAGAUGGCUUACGUUGCUGGGCUGGGCUUUGGAAUAAUGAGCGGUGCUUUCUCCAUGAUCAACAUCCUCUCCGAUUCACUGGGGCCGGGGACCGUGGGCAUCUUCGGAGACUCCCAAUACUACUUUAUCACCUCAGCUCUCAUGACCCUGGCCAUUACCCUACUCCACACGUUCUGGGGCGUGGUGUUCUUUGAGGGAUGUGAGAAAAGCCGGUGGUGGGUGAUCGGUGUUGUGGUUGCGCUACACCUGCUAGUGUCUUGUCUGUCUCUGUUGAACCCGCUGUACUCUGGCAGCCUGCCGCCUGUCUACGCCAUCAUGGUCCUGAUGGCCGUCUGGGCCUUCUUCUCAGCCGGCGGCUCGCUAGCAAGUGUGACCCAGCUCUGCUCACGUAGGAAAACUGAUGUGAAUUCCUCCUAACUGGUUUUUGUUUUGACAACUCAAGGAGUCGGAGGACAGGACAUUGUGUUGCUGAGUUCGGUGCAUUAGUGGAACAGACAAGCCGCUCGUCGCAGGAGCCACGCAUCAAUCGUCUGGAUCACGCGUGUGUAUGUGUGUGUCUCUCUCGGGGAGGAAAACCUUUAAACGCCCAUCAUUUUUUUACAGCCUUCCUCAGGCUCUUGGGGAGUCGGGACUGUAGAACGUAUCUCUCUUUAAAUCGUUCUCACUGUAAAUAGCUUGACAUACCUUACUCACACUCUCACACACACACACACACACACACAGACGCACACACAUACAUGCACACAGACACAGACACACACACACACACACAGAUACACACACUCGUGCACAUCGUCAGACACAGGCCUGUGUGGUUCAAAGAACUUUCUAGACACACCGGAACUGAGGUGGUUUGUCUUUCCUCGAUUUCUUUCUUUUUUCCUCCUUCCUUCGUCUCCACCCCUUUUUGGUUCUGGACUGGAUUCAUUUGGACUCUGAACCUGCUUCUGUGUAGAUGUUUCUCUUUCCUUUCUGAUUUUUAAUUUUCCUUUUUACUUAUGCAUCUCUGUAACACACGUCCUCAAGGAGGUGUUUGUCAUUGGGAGUAAAAAAAAAAAAAAUGGGGAGCCAUGUUUCUAAUAAUUUUUAAAGGAUAUGGUCGAAGUUUUGGGGUCUUCAGACACAAGCUCCGUCAGAGGAUAACAUGCACACUGACUCAUGAUUUUAAAAAUCAUGUCCAUCUAUCUAACUGACCAACAGAACAGCCAAGCACUGUAAGCAGAUCCAUUUCUGUUACACAUCCUUUUUGUCCAUUAAAACGGCCUUUGUUUCAAGAAUAUCGCAGAGCUGAGUUGUGGGUCUUGUAUUUCACUGAAACCUUUCCCAGCAAGAGAUGCAACAGGGUUUAGUUUUGGGGUCUUUCCACAUGUGUGAGCUGUGCUCUUGGCUUCACAGAUUAGAAUUUUCAGUUGUAGAAAAACUUUUCAGUUGUUUAAGAAAAUUGCGUCAUGUUCCCAGCUUUGGAGUUUUCAGGAAAUUCAACCUCUGUAAUUGAAAAUAGAGAAAAAAAUACCCCUAAUGAAAUCUUUACUUUAAUGGCAUUAAUUUACUUGGUUUUGCAUUAUGUUUGAACUUUUAGUUUUUGCACUAUGUAGGGUAUUUACCACAACCUGUACAAAUAUUAUAAUUCUGAUGAUUCUAUUUUUCAAAGUUAACAGACUACACACGUAGUAUAAGUGGACAUUUCAUACUUGUUAAUAUACAUCUUUCAGGAUGAGAGUUAAAAUGUCUGAUCAUUAUUUGUCAAAAUAUGACCCCAAGUAUGAUAGGUAUGUCAAACCAUUCUAGCAAAUACAAGCAAUAUCUUUGACAAAAUACUGUUCUUUUCUCUGGACAUUCUGUAGUGUAAUUCUGGUGCUUUCUAGGUGCAUAAAAAAUCAUGACAUGCUUUCCUUGAUGCAUAUUUUUUUUUACUCUGAUAGGAUUAAUUGCCAGGCCUUUGUACCCGGUGUUGUGAUUUAUCUUUUUCUGCUCAACUUGAAGCAAUUCUGUCAAGUUAGGCCAGAAAUAUUUAAGCUCAUUAGAAUGUGUGGCAGUGUUUAUUUUUCCAAACAAUCCAAUUCUCUCUGGUACAAUUUGUACGUUCCUCUGCCUUCGUUGGAAUUGUUAUGUCUGCGUCACCAGGGCCUAUCGCAUGGCCGUCUGGGUUCAUGUAAAGAAGAGGAGAGCGCCAAGUCACCUCUGCGUCACUCAAGCACUAGAGGUUGCAGAGCGUUCCAGCAGCUGGGCUGGUUUGGCACAGGUUAGUGCCAGGGCUAUGGCACCAGCUAAACCCACUCGCCCAUGGCACUUGUGCCAGGCCCUGUCACGUGUGUGUGUGUGUGUGUGUGUGUGUGUGUGUGUGUGUGUGUGUGUGUGUGUGUGUGAGAGAGUCAGCAUCGCUCAGCAGUGCCACAACGCAAGACGGGCAUGGCCAGGGGCUCUGGCAAUCUCAGACUCUACAAAGUCAGUGACUAAUGUAGACAUUCCACAGAAAAUGGUUGUGUGUACGUGUGUAUGUGCACAUGGGUACAUGUACGUGUGUAAGGUCCUCUGCUUUAUGACUUUCAGAAUGUGUGAGUAAUUCUGCCUAAUGUGUGUGUGUGUGUGUGUGUGUGUGUGUGUGUUCUUUUUUGUCUGCGUAUGCAACUGCACGUCACCCCUGUGUGACGAUGUCUGUUUCCAGACAUUUCAUUGGGGCAGAGAGUGUUUGGGGAAAAGAUGUGCCCAGUUGUCUUGGCAACCAAUAUGUGAAUGUGUGCAAAGUACUGCAGAUGUUUGAUGACUAAUUACCAGAUGCUGAGGUUAGCCUUCCCACUGACUCUGUUGUCAUUAUUGUCAUGGCCUUCUCAUACCCCACCAUCUUUCUUGUAUAUGUUUUUAGAACAAAGCAAAUUCAAUCACAAUUUAAAAUCAUUACAAAUGGGCAAACUUCGUAUUCAAAGGUAGAAUGUAGAAUUUUUCACAUUAGUAAGUAAAAAGAAAAAGAAUCUCUAUCGAAUGAUUUUUGCUCCUUUGGUUUUCCUCAGAAUUUGUCAAUCUGAAUUCAGUCAUCAGAAUUGGUGCUGACUAUUGUUUAACUAAUAUUUACUCCAGUGAUUGGUGCAAUAUUGGAUACGUGAUGUUUAAAUGCUGCUGCUUUAUAGAAUUUGUAACUGGUGCCAAAAGGCUCCCCUUCUCACAAAAAAGCAAACAAUUUCUUUAACCCAUCAAUAAAAAAUGGCUUGUGAAA